AUGUCGCAAACAGUCGGCAAGACCCGUCUUGCAUACUCCCGCGCAUGGCACUAUGUCGACGCCGGCUCUGACUCCCGUUCGCUCGGACGUCUGGCAUCAUCAAUUGCCCUUGUUCUGAUGGGCAAGCACAAGCCGAUUUAUGACCCCUCGACGGACUGCGGAGACUACGUUGUGGUUGCCGGCUGUCACGACCUGCGGACCACCGGCAAGAAGCGAUUCCAGAAGAUGUACUACUCACACAACACGCGCCCUGGUAGCUUGAAGAGCAUGACUAUGGAUCAGAUGUUCCAGAAAUGGGGUGGAGGCGAGGUUCUGCGCCGUGCUGUGAAGGGAAUGUUACCUAAGAACCGCCUGCAGGAGCCGCGGUUGGCCCGACUGAAGACUUUCGAGGGACUUGCCCAUCCCUACAAGCAGAACAUUGUCAAGUUCGGCAACGAAUCGGUCAUUGGAGCCACCCGGGAAGUCCAAGAAGCUUUCAAGGAGGCCAAGGAGGCUCAGACUCCCGCUUAA